UUUAAAUCACCAUACAGAAGUUUUUGUUUAAUUGUGUACGGUAGUUGAAUCAUUACACAACUUAUGAACUAGUAAUACAUAUUCUACAGGAAAAUGAGAAUAUCACCCCAUAAUAAUUAUUAAUGUAUUUCUUCACUCUAUCAUAAUUCAUAACAUAACCUUUAAAAAUUUCAACAGGAACACAGCAUACAUUGCCACAAGUUAUUAAGUUGGACAUUGGACUGAGAAAAUAAAUAAGUUAUAUAUUAAUUCAUAAACUAACUACAGUUUAUGUCUAUAUUUACAACUUAUUUUGAACAUUACCUGCAAAAUGGCUCUUCGAUCUCUCAGUAAACUCAAAUUGAAUAAAUCUCUAGUCAGAUGCUUUAGUGCUGAACCAAAAUUAGUUUCACUUGACGUUAACGAGAAAACUGGAUUUGCAACACUCAACAUGCAGAGACCACCAGUGAACAGUCUCAACCUGGAACUUUUGACUGAAAUAACGGCUGCGUUAACAGAAGCUGAAAAAAUCAAGUGCAGAGGCAUGGUCCUCACUUCUAAAAGUGAUGGCGUUUUUUCUGCCGGUUUAGAUAUCAUGGAAAUGUACAAUCCCGAACCUGAAAGGAUGAAAAAAUUCUGGAUGGCUUUACAAGAUGCCUGGAUAAAAUUGUACGGAACUUCAUACCCUACCGUAGCUGUUAUCAAUGGUCACUCUCCGGCAGGUGGUUGUUUACUAGCUCUCAGCUGUGAGUAUAGAGUAAUAGUUCAAAACUACGGGAUAGGUUUGAACGAAACCCAGCUCGGUAUAGUAGCCCCAACAUGGUUCAUAUCCAGCAUGAAAAAUGUUAUUGGUCAACGUAAAAGUGAAAUAGCCCUCACGACUGGUCACAUACACAGUGCAGAUGAAGCUCUUCAAAUAGGUCUGGUAGAUGAAGUGGUUGCUGAUAAAGAGGAAGCCAUCGCUAGAGGGGAAGCUUUUCUCAAGAGAUUUGGCAAAAUUCCUCCUCUUGCAAGGUCAUUAACAAAAAAAUUUCUGAGGCAGGCGACUAUUGAUGAUUUGGUGAACAAUCGGGAAGCCGAUUUGAAUAGAUUUGUUGAUCUGGCUUUGUUGCCCGAGGUUCAAAAAUCACUGGGAGCUUAUAUACAAGCUUUGAAGAAAAAGUCUUCGAAAUCGAAUUGAUUAUUUUUUCACCCAAAUGUUUUGUAGUUUGACAAGAAAAUAACGGUAUCCAACAAAAUGGAACUAUGCUUCUGAAAAUACUUCUUGGGAAAUUUUUACUCUCAUUUCAUUAUUGGGUACAGGUUCAUUGUUGAAGUUGAAUUUCAAAGGAUAGUAAGAAGUAUUAUGAAAAUAAUCACAAAUNUUUU